AGCCAGAGGAGAAUGAAGACAAUGAAACUGUAGUUGGGCUCUGGUUUUCUUCCUGAACUAGAGAGCGGAACCAUUGUUGCAGCUGUGUGAGUCGACGGAACCUCCGUGGUGUAACACGCUGUCAGACGCAGCUUCCGAAGUGUGCAAGGAGCUUUUAAAAAUAUUUUUCUUUUAUAUAAAAAAACGGAGAAGGGAGUAUUGUUUUCGUAAAUUAAGGAAUCGGGGCUUCUAGUGUGGUUCUGGAGAGAGAACAGGUGUAUAAUGGAGGAUGAAGAUGAUUGCCCAGAACUGGUACCCAUCGACACCCAGCCUGCUGCUCCAGCCCAGCAGAUACCUGUCACCAUCAUCACAGGCUACCUUGGUGCUGGGAAGACUACACUCCUAAACUACAUCCUGACUGAACAACACAACAAACGGAUCGCUGUUAUACUUAAUGAAUUUGGAGAAGGCAGCGCCCUGGAGAAGUCCCUGGCAGUGAGUCAGGCCGGUGAGCUGUACGAGGAGUGGCUGGAGCUGAGGAACGGCUGCCUCUGUUGCUCUGUCAAGGACAAUGGUCUUAAAGCCAUUGAAAACCUGAUGGAGAAGAAAGGAAAGUUUGACUACAUCUUGUUAGAAACCACUGGACUUGCUGAUCCAGGAGCUGUGGCCUCCAUGUUUUGGGUCGARGCGGAGCUCGGCAGUGACAUCUAUCUGGAUGGCAUCGUGACCGUCAUCGACGCUAAAUAUGGGCUGCAGCAAGUGAAAGAAGAGAAAGCAGAUGGACGUAUCAAUGAAGCAGCCAGGCAGAUUGCUCUCGCAGACCUGACCAUCAUCAACAAAACGGACCUUGUAAAUGAGGAGGAACUGAACCGAGUCAGAGACACUGUCAGGUCUAUAAAUGGUCUCGUCAAGAUAGUAGAAACCCAGAGAUCGAGGGUGGAGCUCUCUGAGGUGUUGGAUCUGCACUCUUUUGACGACGAGGACGGAGCGAAGUUUGCAGAGAAGCUCCAGCUGGUGAAACCCACAAGGUCGCAUCUCGACAAGACUAUUUUAACAGUGACGUUUGAAGUGACGGGAGAUCUCUGUGAGGAAGCGCUGAAUGCCUUCAUCCAAGAUCUGCUUUGGGAAAAGAAGUUCCGGAACAAAGAAGGGGAACCCAUGACAGUCAUCCGGUUAAAGGGCAUAGUGUCACUCGCAGGUAAAGCCCACCAAGUGAUGCUGCAGGGGGUCCACGAGCUAUACGAGUUAAAUGAGACGCCACAGCUUUGGGAGGCAAACUCGCGUAUCAACAGACUAGUUUUUAUAGGUAGGAAUCUGAACAAGGACAUCCUGCAGGAACAUUUUAUUUCUUCCGUGGUGCUGAAUACAGGGCAGAAAUAGUUAGAAGUGCUUCUUUUGUCUUCAUAUUAAAGGAGGAUUUUGUUGUAAAAGUUGCAGCAGGUAAAGCUGAGAGAGCUUUCAGAGGCAGGCUGAAGGAAUUUUAUCACAAACCUGCUUUAAAGGCUUCAGUUUGGAAGAGUGUGCUGUAAUUUGAAACAUUAAUUUUGUACAACUUCCAAAAAAAAAAAAAAAAGGAGAAGAAAAUGUUUCAGCACUCAAAACAUGCCCCAAAAAUGCAAUCAACAUCUUGUAUUUUUUUUUAGAUUAACAAUGACUGAGUUGUGAUUGAAUCAUUUUGCUGAUGUCUGCUUUUCAUCAGUUCUGCAUUUCUAAAUUAUUCAAAAUAAAAGUUUAUUCUGAGUUUG